UUUUGCCUUCCUUAUCCAAUAUGAGUGACGAUGAAGAACAGUAUGAUCCAAUUGCACAUAAAAAGCUUCUGCAGGCCGUUAGUAGCCUAGGCAAUGUGCAGCAUAUCGGCAAAUCUACACGCGACGAGCGCCAGCCAGAACAGAAUGAGUUUCAGUUGUUCAAGAGUGCCAAUGCAACAGAACACGCAGCUAAGGCCGUGGGUGUGAAUGAUUUGGUUCAAAUCUUGCGCACUUCCAAGCACAUUGAAACAGGCAAGAAGCUGAAAAAUGUGCACAGCACUAAAAAGGUCCUUCAGAAGCCACUGGAGAAGCCGGUUGCUGAUCGCAUCAAGCGAACAAUUGGCUACGAAGGUGUUAAGAAGAAACUUGCACGCUGGGAUGCUGUCGUGGCUAAACAGCGCUCUGCCGAAACUCAGAUAUUUCCCAUACCAUCGGAAACGAUUUACGUAAAUACAGCGGCCCAUUCAAACGCCAUUAAGACGAGCAUUAAAUCCGAGCUAGGCAAAGAACUUCAAGCGAGCAUUAAGAAGCUGAAUGACUUACGCAAGGCACAGGUUGGGGACAACACUGAUGAGCAGGAAUUGGCACAAGAGGAAGAGAGGUUGUUGGCCCAAAAGCUAACUCGUGAUGAGCUCCACGCACGACGUCGUGAGCUGGCCUAUUUAAGAAUGCGCGAGUCUCAGAAGUCGGCUAAGGCUCGCAUGCAAAAUAAGAUAAAAUCCAAGAAAUAUCAUAAGCUGCUGAAGCGCCAAAAGAUAUUAGAGCAAGUAAAGCAAUUUGAAAUACUGAAGAAGACCAAUCCGGAGGCUGCCCUGGAAAAACUAAAUGCUUUGGAGAAGAAUCGGUUGCUAGAACGCGCAAGUUUGCGGCACAAAAACACGGGCACUUGGGCCAAGAAUCUACAGAUGCGCGCCAAAUACGAUAAAGAGGUGCGCAAAGAUCUUGCCGAACAAUUGGCUGUGAGUCGCCAGUUGACGGAAAAGAAAGUGGAUACGGAUAGCGAGCAUGAAGAGCAGACCACAGCCAAAAUAGAAACAAAUGUCGACGAGUCGAUCGUCGAUCCGUUCAAUCCGUGGAUGACAUUGAAACAAACUGAAAAUGAUGAACCCAAAGCUGAAGAAGGAGAGGUCAGCUGGCGAAAGUAUUGGACAGAGCGUAAUCAAAAUGAAAAACUGCUAACUGAUCAUAAUGCUGAAGUGGAACAGGUCAAACGUGAGAAGCGGCAGCAGACUACGCAACCCAUAAAAGAGUCACCAAAAAAGAAGAAACCCAAGAUUUUUAUGGAAAAUGGUUGGCAAGUUGAGGAAGUUGAGGAAGUUGAGGAAGCUAAUGAAGCUCCAGCUAAAACUAAAACAUUGGAUGAAAUAUUCCAUGCUCAAAAGGAUAAUUUAAACAAUCACUUAAUCCAUAAGUUAAAUAAUCUAAAAAGGCAAGCAGCAUUGCUGAAAAGGCUGUCAAAAAAAUCGAAGAAGCCGAAGAUGAAACAUGAUGCACUGAAAAACUUAAAGGAUUUAACAUUCAAGAAGACUAAGCAACGUGUGGAAAUCGAUGAGCCACUCAAUCAAGAUGAAGUGGAACCUAAACAAGCCGUAAAAGCUAUAGAAGCUGUUAACGAUUURCCAAAAUCGAAAGAAGAAAAGAAUUCAACAGCUGAAGUGGCAGAUAUUGAUCCCGACAAGGUGAUCUCCAUAACAUGGAAACAAAAAAUGCGCCUCACUGAUGUUGUAAACGAUGCUUUGGCUGACGACGAUGCAGCCGAAUUCGAUGAAGCCGAUCCUCUGGCCGAGCGCCAAAUGCUAAUUAGUGAGGCCUUUGAGGAUGAUGAUAUUGUAGCUGAUUUUAACAAGGAUAAGAAAGAGGACUCGGAAGUAAAGAACAAUGAACUUCAGUUGGCAAUGCCAGGCUGGGGCUGUUGGGGAGGCAAUGGCAUAUCCGAAAAGGUAUUGGAAAGACGCAACAAGCGACUGCUUCUCAAGUUGGCAGAGCCCGAGAAGCGUCGCGAUGACAACAAGGACAAUGUCUAUAUAAAUGAGGCGAGCAACAAACAAGCGCGCGCCCAUCGCGUCUCAAGCAUACCAUUUCCAUUCAAAUCUCUGGCCGAUUAUGAAGCCAGCAUUCGUACGCCUAUUGGACGCGAGUUUGUGCCUGAAACAGCUUUCCGUAUGCUCACACGUCCAGCGGUCAUUACGCGCAAGGGUCAAGUUAUUGAGCCCAUGGAUGAGAGCGAGCUGGUCAAGCCCGAUCGUCGUCUGCGUCAUGUGGUGGACAAGAGGAUUAAACGCCAGGAGGAGCAGGCAGAGAAGGCUAAGCGUCUAUUGGUAGACUAAUUAGAUGUAAAACAUAUUAUAAAUCU